GUGGGAAUUCGGCUGCAGGAGGUGACGUCAGAGGCCAGGUUCUGUUUUGUUGAUUUGAAAAACAUGGGUGCUCUGCUCCCCAACUUCCACUCAACGUUCUUCUAGGAGCAUUUAUUCAGUGUAACAUUCCAGUUAAUUUGCUCAUUAAUAAUCGAUAACCGUGAAUGCCGGUGUAAACGGAACCGAUUUAAUGUUUUUUUUUAUUUGUUUUUAGGGAUCAUAUUUCUUUAAAAUCCAAGGGAGAGAGACUCAUCCUUCUUUGUUUGGUGUGGAGUGUUUUUUUUUGUUUGUUUUUUUUUUUUUUUGCAACACAAAGUGGAUAUGUAUGGAUUCAAUUGAAUGUUUCUGAUAAAAAGAAUGUACAACAGCCACAUAAUGAUGGCUACUAACAUGUCUGAGGCAUCCAAUCCUCAUGGAUGCGACAACGGAGCACUGAUGGACAGAUUCGGUGUGUUGAUCCAGGGUCUACUCGCUGUGGUUGCUUUCAGCACUUUGAUGUUGAAAAGGUUCCGUGAGCCUGCAGCCAUUAGAAGACCGUGGAGGAUCUGGUUUUAUGACACGUCGAAGCAGGCGAUUGGUGCCCUCUUCAUUCACUUUGCCAAUGUCUUUCUCUCCACCCUCACCAAGGAGGACCCCUGUUCUCUUUACCUCAUGAAUUUUCUGCUGGAUGCCACAAUGGGGAUGCUCAUCAUUUGGGUAGGCGUCAAGGUGGUGUCCUGCGUGGUGGAGUACAAACAGUUAACUCUACUGACCUUUGGCGAAUAUGGGGAUCCUCCUCAGGCCGCGGCGUGGCUCAGCCAGUGUGCGGUUUACCUGCUCAUCAUGGUGCUGGAGAAGUGUGUGAUCAGUGUGGUGCUGCUUAUCCCUGGCUGGACCAACUUACAGGAGGUUCUGCUGGACCACAUCCCAAACCCUCAGCUGGAGCUGGUCCUGGUCAUGCUUAUUGUACCCUUCUUUGUCAAUGCUAUCAUGUUCUGGGUGGUGGACAGCCUGACGAUGAGGAAGUACAAGAGCCUAAAGACCACUGAGACACCGCGGGACCAAGGAAAACAGACUGAGUCAUCGCCCUGGGUGACCAAUGAGGAAUCGCAGGUGCUGCUGAUGGACGAUCCGGAGGCGGGCACGGAGCCCGACCCUUCAGAAGGGGAGCAGGAUGCUGCAGACCAGAGCUUGAACCCAGGCCUAUCCGGGGGUAUGCAGGCACCUGCCUGGGUGGUUGUGUAGGCCACACCUCCUAACUCCAAACUCCAGAGUCCCGCCUUGACUCACAGAGAAGUCCCUCUUCUUCAUGGGUAAACAUAAACACUCCACCACAAACAACCAGAGUGAAACACCUGUGGGCAGAGUGUGGCUCAGAGGCAACCUGGACUCUGCACUGCAGGGCUUUUGGAGGUCAAAGGUCAUUCGGUGUAUCACAAUUAUGCCUUUACAAGGCUUAUGUAACUCCACUAAGCUCAUAGUGAAAGGUGCUCCUUUGAAACCAUGAAUUUAGGAAACGUGUUUGAUCGGACUGAACAAGUAUUUAAAUGACUUUUAAAGACACUGUUUUCUUGGUGUAUACUCUCUGUGCUUCCAACCAAAUAUUUUCUCUGUUGAAUGAAUACUUAUUAAAUUGGUACCUUUAUUUUGUCAUGCUUUUAACGGUAUAUAUAUAUUUGAGAUGAUAAGUUAAGGACUGUGGAGAAACGCUAUUGAUGACAUUUUGUUAAACUCUUGGUGCUCUGUGUUUGUGCUUGUGUGUGUGUGUGUUUGUGUGUAUUUGAGGGGGGUGACAAUGGGCUGUUAGAUUUUUUAAAAUGACACGAGCUGGGGGAUUUGGUGUUUAGUAUCAUCGGCUGAUGUGUUUGUGACAGGGCCAAAUUCAUUCUAAAAUGAAAAGGUAGCUGAAAUACAGCGUUUCCUCUUUGUUCGAAAAAUGAGCUCCAGAGAGAUACUUGCUCAGAUCACACUUACACAAAUGUAUAAAACCUGGUUUUAGGAAGAGCCAGAAUUGUUUCAGAUGCAUUUGAAGUCAGGAAUGCCAUAUUAAUUAAAGCGGGCAGAUGUGUCAAUGCGUCCUUUCAUUUCACAGCAAACUCAAGAUGAAAAAGAGCCUUGCGUUUCAACUUAAAGCCUCCAGUGAGCAAUUCGUUUUAGACUUCAGACGUAGAGACAAAUUAAGUUUAAGUGAAGCAUAGUAAAGAUUCUUUAUGAUCACACAAGCAGGUGUUUCCCCCACCUCUUCAAAAUUGGCCUCCCAAAUGUGUCCCAAUAUUGCAUUCACAGUAAGUCUCUGUGCUCUCAUCUGCUGUAGCUCCUCCAAAUGGACUACCAGCUGAGACGCCCACUCCUGAUCUUGUUCUUUGUGAAGGAGACACAGAACAUACUUACUGCAUACAAUGGUCAUACAUACCAGUGGGUAGAAACUACGAGUGGGUAUUAUCUGAAUAGUUGACAAAUAUUUUGCUCCUCCAAGUUGGUUUAAUAAUAGACAAUAUGGGGUUGCUAAAUCGAAGAUAUACACAUCAAAACAUUACAAAACAUCAAAACAGCUAUUUUUAUUCGUUUUUUUUUUUUUUUGUCUUGUGCCUUUUUUGAUAAAUAUCCCGUUGAUAUCUCCACAGUGGUGCUUAUAAGAAAUGUGGUGUGAUCUGUGCUGUUGGCCCAUACCGGGGUCAGUUAAAGCUUAAAAUUGUGAAAACAAAGAGCUUGCAAAAGUCGGGGGAUAGCAAUGUCAAAAUACAGGGCAAGUGUUGAACAAAACAUGGCCCUAAUUUUAGUCCAUCUCAUCAAGUUUAGUUCAUCAUUUUAGCGUCUCUCGAAGCCGCGAAAGUAUUGUGGGACUGGUCUCCUCUCCUGUGCAGUUGGCAAUGUUCUGUAGGGUGUUCAGGUUCAUUUUAAUUGAAGAGGCCUGAGAGACCUGAAAUUAUUUCCUUGGUGUUUCAACGUGUUUAAUUCAAAACAUCCCUACACAUUUUUUUUAUUUUGAAAGUAUUAAACGUUUCAGCUAAAUGUAUUUUGUUGUAUGCCUCAUACGCAGUCAUUAAAAUUUACAAAUUGUGCACAAAUUGUGAAUUACAAAUACAAAUGUUUUUUUUACAUUUACUGUUAAGUCUAAAUGCCAUGUUUUUUUAUUUCUGAGAUGGAACAAGUGUUAUCACUUCUAUCCUAAAUAAAGCAGAUUGUGAUUUAACCAGAAA